AUGGACCAACAGACCGCCACCGACGAAAACGCCCUCACAACAACAACUACCGACCAGCAAUCCCAAGAACCAGAGCAAGAAGGCGACAGCACCGUCGCCGUGAAGAAGACCAAAAAGAUCAUCCGCCGCAAGCGUCGUCCCGCCCGGCCGCAGAUCGACCCAGCGACCGUCAAGUCCGAACCGCCCCCGCAAACCGGCACCAUCUUCAACAUCUGGUACAACAAGUGGUCCGGCGGCGACCGCGAAGACAAGUACCUAUCCAAGCACGCCGCCGAGGGCCGCUGCAACAUCGCCAAAGACAGCGGAUACACGCGGGCCGACAAGGUCACGGGGUCCUACUUCUGUCUGUUCUUCGCGCGCGGCGUCUGCCACAAGGGCCACGAGUGCGAGUAUCUGCAUCGUCUGCCGACGCUGCAUGACCUCUUCAACCCCAACGUUGACUGUUUUGGACGCGACAAGUUCAGUGACUACAGAGAUGACAUGGGCGGUGUGGGGUCGUUUACGCGCCAGAAUCGCACGCUGUACGUGGGUCGUAUCCACGUCUCGGAUGAUAUCGAGGAGGUCGUGUCGCGCCAUUUCCAGGAGUGGGGGCAAAUUGAUCGCAUCCGUGUCUUAACUGCGCGGGGAGUGGCGUUCGUCACUUAUACCAACACAGCCAACGCCGAAUUCGCCAAAGAAGCCAUGGCCCACCAAAGUCUCGACCACAGCGAGAUCCUCAACGUUCGCUGGGCAACCGUCGACCCGAACCCACUCGCGCAAAAGCGCGAAGCCCGCCGUCUAGAAGAGCAAGCCGCCGAGGCCGUGCGAAGGGCCCUCCCAGCCGAUUACGUCGCCGAGCUAGAGGGCAAGGACCCCGAGGCCAAGAAGCGGCGGAAGAUCGAGGGCUCGUUCGGUCUGCAGGGUUACGAGCCGUCAGAUGAGAUCUGGUAUACGCGGACCAAGGCGCUGGAGGGGUCGGAGCAGACCGCGCAGCUUGAGGCUCCUGCUGAGCAGCUUAUGCUUGAGGGUGCUUCGUCAUCUGCUGCUGCUUAUGAUACCCCUGCUCCCGCUGCACAGGGGCAGGUGACUGGUGGUGGAGGAGGGAUCUUCAACAGUUCGACAGUGGCCGCGUUACAAAGCAUGGCCGGGGGCAAUAUCACCACGCAAGCGGCCAAGGCUCCAUCCGGGCCAUUAGUGGGCUACGGGAGUGAUGAUGAUAGUGAUUAG